UGUACCUAUGUAAAUAUCCGUUCACCGUUUGUACAUAAACUAAUCGUUUGCCAAUACUAAGUUCAGUAUUUUUUGUCUUUCCAUACAAGCUAACAUGUUUUGGAAAUAUUCAAUUUUUAUUUGUGUGUUGUUGGUUUUGAUCAAUGGAGAUCCAAUCACAAUCAGUCCUUCGACCUCUACUACCCUUUCAACACUAAACUUUGAUAGUUUAAAGCAAAAUAUGGCGGAACUUAGGGAAUGCAUUGAUAACAGUCUUGCGAGUGCCGCUGGAGAUGUCAGUGUAAAUCAUUUACAACCACUGUUCAGUGUUAUUGGAGAUCAAAUAAAUCGAUUUUCUAAAGCGUAUGAUGAACUAACAGGCGUUAAAAAAGUAUGAAUACGAUAAUACACUACACGUAUACAUAUGUAUGACGACGUACCAUCAAUAAAACAUGAU